AUGGAUCCUCCCGGUGGAUUGUUGGAUCUGUCUCUGGUGCAGGACUUGUCCGUUACCGAGAAUCGGGGCCUUGCCGCGAUAGAUCCCAAGCUUAUUCCUUUACUCUCGCUGCACAACGCAUUAGCUGUUUCCACGCACCCGACCGCGGCCGCAUACUUGUUGACUACUCUUGCGUCCUACAGUACCAAACUCGACCCGCGGUUUCAAGUUCUGGGGGUGUGCGAACAACUGUGCCAACACUCAGAUUUGAGGGAGAUAUUGGCCAAUGCAUUGAAGUCACAAGAUUUUUCUACGGUACUCCGUCUCAAGAUACUUCGACGUCCCGAGAGCAAAGAGCCCGUGGCAACAAACGUAAAUGAACUCCUCGUAGAAUCUCAGAAACGCGGUCAGUCCCGGGUUUAA